UCUUUUAUUAUUCCUCUGCCAUUUCUGUAUGUAACUAUCUGUGUGAAGCAGCUGCUCCUGUUUGGGGUGAGGAGUCUGGACCACACCUUACUUGGAAACAGCGUUAGAACUGAAGUGGGCUUGAAAGAGAAAAACUCGCAAGAAAAUGUAUUGGAGGCAAAAUACCAGGUUUAUUUUAACAAUAACUCUGGUUUUGCAGAAUAUUAAUUUUGGAGAAGGCCUUAGAAAACAAGAUGACACUCAUGACACUGAAGGAAAGGGGGAUGCCAUCAUUCAAAAACACAGCACAAAAGAGCGAGCCACCACAUUAAAAGUCUUUAGUGUUAUGAAUCAGAGCUCUGAGUACAAAAAGCAGAUGAAUUCUAGGCCAAUUGUACCUUUCACUGGCCUAACACAGAGUCAAACCCUGAACCGGCACUGCUGUAAAAAUGGAGGGACCUGUAUCCUGGGCAGUUUCUGUGCCUGCCCCAAACACUUUACUGGUAGAUACUGUGAGCACGAUGAACGGAAAAGCAACUGUGGGACACUGAUGCAUGGAGAGUGGAUAUGGAAGGGUUGCCAGCUAUGUCGAUGUGGUUAUGGCAUUCUUCACUGUCUAUCUGAACAAAGACAAAACUGUGAUAUAAAUGAAGAAGAGGAAUUAAUCUAUUUAACCUCAGAUUGUCCAAGAUUACAGCAAACAAUAUGCUUUCUUAUUUUCCUACUAGGCUGCUUUUUCACAUUGUUUUGCACAAAGCUCUUCUAUCAACUGUGAAGCACUCACUUACUUGGACUGGAAAUCAUGCUGGGAUCUGCAGAAUGUGAGAAGGCUAGAAACAAAGACUGCUGCUUUUCUACUAUUUAUUUACCUGUUUAACAGGAUUGCUUUAGGAUUUUUACUUCUUUUCUUAAAAUU